UCCAACCUCCAACUACUGUGAGUCUGUGACUGUUAACCCCAAAACCCUAAAUCCAUCAUAUCUCCGCUGAGUGCUCCAAUGGCUUCUCGCUGCAGAUCUUUCUCGAAGCCGGCUUUCUCUCUUCUCAAAUCCGCCGUCAACAAACCGGCGUUCAAGGCCACUCCAAUGUCCUCUCUCCCCACCGCCCGCCCUUCUAUCAAUCUCCCAAGGCCGUUUCCUCAGUUGGGUUGUCUGCAAUCUCUGCUUCCAUUUCACACGGCGGUGUCUUCAGCCCGGCUCACGUCGUGCCUCGGCAUUGACUCGAGGAGCUCGAGGUCGUUGUCUCAGGGUAUGCUCGGUGCAAACCCAGGAGUUUGAUUUCUCCAAUGUUUUGUAUUUAUUAUCUAAAUAGGUCUCAGCGUGCCUCGAUAAGAGAUUGAAGAAGUUGGAAGAUAGAGGCCAAUGGAUGAGUCUCAUCACCUCUGCUAUCAGCAAGUCCUUUUCAUCUUGGAGUUAAGAUUUAAACAGUUUUGUAACACAGUAGCUGCAAGAAUUGAAUGCUCUGACUCUUGUUUAAAUUCUCCUUCAAAUAUUUCUUUUACCUUCCCCAUGGAUAUCGUAGGAAUAUUCCAGUCUAUACCGAUACAUACUCAUGCAUGCCAUACACCACAGCAUAGUAGAAUUGUCGGCAUUUUCCGUAUGCUCUAUAGCAGCACAGCAGCAAUGUAGAGGAGAAAAUAAUAGUGAUGAGUUUGUCACAUUUCAAAGGGUGAUAUUUUGGCUUGUGUUCUAAGUUACAGUUAUACAUUUUUUCUCUAUUUACCUGAAAAUAAAGUAAAGGUGCCAUUGCCAAGGUGGGGAACUGGGUUUCUGUCACGUAGCAGUCAAUUUGAAAAAAAGGACAGGAUAAAAAGUGAAGCGCAGGUGAGGAUGCGGGGCGGUCGAUGUGAUAAAUUGAUGGUGUCCAAAAUGUCUCCCAUAUGUUUUUAAAAGGAGCAUUGGCCUUGGUCCCAAUAUGUCUCCUACCUCCUCCAUCACACGAUACACUUGCAUGUGCACUUCUUUCAGACUGAAACUAUGUUCAUGUACGGAACUCAUUGUCAAUGUGUCACUUCCCAAGCAUGAUUGAAAUGUAACGAAAAUCUAAUCAGUUGUUUCGUAUUCAAGAGGUUUGCAGCUCAAGUUGUUAAUUGUGCUUAUCCUUUGCCCAA